GUUGUCUUCUGAAUUUGGGGUCUGAAGGUACCCUCUUGCUUUCUCAGCAAAUCAUGGACAUCGUUGGCUUUCUGAAGUCUCAGUUCAUUUGCCACCUUCUGAUCUGCUACAUAUUUAUAGUGUCAGGACUGAUCAUUAACUUGAUUCAACUCUUUACACUUAUGCUUUGGCCAAUCAACAAGCAACUGUUCAGGAGGAUCAACUGCAGGCUGGCUUACUGCAUUUCAAGCCAGAUGGUGAUGUUGCUGGAAUGGUGGUCAGGCACCAGCUGCACCCUCUACACUGACCCAGAGAGUUACCACAAGUACGGGAAAGAGAAUGCCAUCGUAAUCCUUAAUCACAACUUUGAAAUCGACUUUCUCUGUGGUUGGAACUUUUGUGAAAGAUUUGGGGUCUUGGGGAGUUCUAAAGUGCUCGCAAAGAAGGAGCUCUCCUACAUGCCUGUCAUUGGCUGGAUGUGGUAUUUCCUGGAGAUAGUCUUUUGCAAGCGUAAAUGGGAAGAAGAUCGGAAAACGGUCAUGCAGAAGUUGCUGAAUCUCCGGGACUACCCUGAAAACUUUUGGUUCCUGAUUCACUGCGAGGGUACAAGGUUCACAGAACAGAAGCACCAGAUUAGCAUGCAGGUAGCUGAAGCCAAAGGCCUGCCCAAGCUCAAGUAUCACCUACUGCCACGAACAAAAGGAUUUGCUGUCACCGUGCAGUGUUUGAGAAAUGUAGUUUCGGCAGUCUAUGAUUCGACCCUCAAUUUUAGAAAUAAUGAGAAUCCAACAUUACUGGGAGUUCUAAAUGGAAAGAAAUACCAUGCAGAUUUAUAUGUAAGAUGGGAUAACAAGCAGCACCGCCACCCGAGUGCUGCUUCCAAAAAUGAAUUCUGUUUCAGAUUAAUGUCUUCAGAGUUGGAUGCGUUCCAGGAAGAGUACUACAGAACAGGAACCUACCCUGCAGUCCCUAUAGUUCCUCCCCGACGACCAUGGACGCUUUUGAACUGGCUUUUCUGGGCCUUAUUGCUGCUAUACCCUUUAUUCAAGCUGCUCAUCAACAUGGUCAACAGUGGGUCAUCACUAACACUGGCUAGUUUUGUAUUUGUCAUCGUAAUGGCUUCUGUUGGCGUCAGAUGGAUGAUAGGCGUUACAGAAAUUAACAAGGGCUCCACCUAUGGCAACAGUGACAACAAACAGAAACAAAAGUAGUAUCUUCAGAGACUGCUUCAACCCAAAGGGAAGAAAUGCAACUUCUGAAAACUCUUAAGUGCAUAUCACGGUCCUUCAAGUGAGAUCAGAGGAAGGGUAGGAUGAGCAACUGCCAGGCAUAUCUGAAUUUGUGCUCCUGUUAUUUUUCUCUUGGGGUUGGGCUGGAUUCCACACUUGAAAGAGGCACACUCCUUCGUAUACUCUUCACAACAGGUUUGCAUUUGUUUGGUUGGUUUGUUUUCGUAUAAAGUAUCUUAUGUUUUGAAGAAGAAGAAAAAUCCAGUGCACUUAUAUGAUGAGAGACCCCCACCUGGAAACUAACCAGUGGUUGCUGAGGUGCAGGCUUUAUCUUAAUGUGCUCUAAGGAAAGGAUAAAUGUCAGAAGAAUGUUACAAGAAGACUAAAAUUGAUAUUUGUCUAGAUCAUGCAUUAACAGUUUAACCACCAUAAUCUGUCAAUGUUUAAAUACAGUAAAAUGCUCUGCUUCAUUAUACCAGUGUUGGACUGAAGCAACUCUACUGAAGUAGCAGGAUUACAGUAGAGUUUUUCUGCACACAGAAUUUAUUCCCACAGUAUGCACCACAGUGGCCCUUUUUAAAACUUCAGUUAGACUCUGGAUAAGGGCCUUGUUGUGUUAGAUCAGAACCUUGCAGUAGCAAAACCUGGAGUGUAAUUUGGCUUUGAGGCCCGAACAGAGCUCAAGUUAGCCACUGCCACAUCUUUCCCCAGGCGAUACACCAGUGGGAUACCUGAAACCUGUAAUUCUUCUAAGAAUAAACUGUUUAGAGUUUGGAAAAACUGAGGUAAUAACCACUUUCAACUUCAAACACUAGGCCUUUCUAACAACGGUGGAAACAAAAAACAAGUGGGUAUGCUGUAACAAAGUAAAUG